AUGGUGCUCUUCAAGGACUUGAACAAAAGCUGCGCUGACUUGCUCAGCAAGGGCUACCCUCACGAGAAGGCGUGGGAUCUGGAGUACAAGUACAAGUCGAAGAACCCAGAAAUCGUGAACACAGCUUCCGUUAGCCCCGGAGGUGCGUUUGACGCGAGCUCCAAACUGAAGUACUGCGUCAGCGAUGUCACGACCGAAGUGAAGAUGAUGGCGAUGGGCAAGUCCACCAUCGACGUCAAGUACGCGCCGCCGACGCUGAAGGGUUUGACGCUCGGCGCCAAGUUCGAUCGCCGUGGUGACAAGACGUCGAAGGACAGCCUCGACAUUUUGGCCGAGUACAAGCUCCCAACCAUUCACUCGUUCUUCUCAGUCAACCCCCUCGCUUCUUCGUUCAACUUUGGCAACGUCGUUGAAUACAAAGCCUUCAGAAUUGGAAGCGAAGUGACUGGCAAGUUCGACGCAUCUGCGAUGAAGUACGCCGUCGGCGCCUCGUACACCGGGCUGGCGAGCAAGGCUGGUGAAUUCACCGUGUCCGUGAAGACUGCGCCGAGUGGCGAUGCCGUUUUCGGCCGCAUGAUCGGCAGUGUGCACGGAAAGACGACGGACAACAAGUCGGCGGAGCUGGCUGCGGAAGUCGACUGCAACCUUCUGGAUGGCCGCACCAACAUUCAGUUCGGCGGUCUGUGGUACUUGAAUGACCAGAAAGACACUUUCUUGAAGGCGAAACUCACCCAGAACGCACGCGUGAGUGUCGCCCUCACCCACAAGGUGUGCGACUACGUCUCCGCCACCAUCGGGUCGCAGAUCGACGUCUCGAAGCCGAGCAACCCGGACGCCGUCAAGCACGGCCUGAAGCUCGAGAUCUGUGCCUAA